CUGGAGACUCCUGAAAUGGAGAGAUCCCAGGCGGCGGAAGAUCUGAGGCAGCUCCUGCUGCAUAUAAAAGGGGAUGUGCAUGAAGCAUGGACACAAUCGCACAGACACAGAGAGGAGCGACACAAGCAGCAGCCCCCCAGGCACAGGGUUCCCAGUAGCACUUCUGAAAGGAACCAGUGUCCCAGCAGCCUGCUCACCUACCCAAUAAGGAUGGACCUCUCCUGUCAGGACUCGCUGUACCCCAAAUACCAGGGGGACCCUGAUUUGAAAGAAGAAGGGGUGCAAAGCUCAGACUCUGGAGCACCCCAACAGCCGCAAGAAAUGAAGCAAGAGCUCGGCUCAGGUGACUUCGCUGACAACGGUGAGACCUCCGAUUACUUCUUCCUCAGCAGCCAGCCCUCUCCGCCGUUACCGCUGAAUUAUUCGGGCAGCUUCUUCAUCGAGACCAACCCAGAGCAUUCCCAAGACCAAGAAGCUCUCUUCAGCAUCAUGUCUGGAAUUCUGGGAAUCUCCCAAUUCUCGGCCCCUCAGCAGCUCAGCAAGCAAGAGUCCCUUUAUUCUGUCCCUGACGCCAUUCAGAACCAUAUGGACCUUUACUCCAACUCCCAAGCCAACCUGAGCAUCUCUGUGCAGCAGCCCUACCAGAACCAGCUGUACUCUGCGUUCAGCAGCACUGAGGAUAUCCACCAGGUCCCCAGCUCCCCCAGCCUGGGAAGCUCCUGCUCUUCCCAGUGCUUUUUUGACUCCAAAGUGCUCCCAAGCAAACACGAAAUGGAGGUUUCCCCAAUCUCCCCCUCUAUGGAUUCCUUCAGUUCCCCCUGCCCUCGGUGGGAUGCCCAGACUGGCCAGAGCUUUGCCUCCACCUCAUUCCAGAUGGACUCUUUCCGCCAGUCCGAUAACCCCCAGCCAGUCUUUCACCCCCUGGAAUCCAAGGUUGAGCAUAUCCUGACUGCCUGCUGCCAGCCCCAUGCCACGGAAAUGUCGGAAGAAUCUGCUCAUUUUAGCAGCAUGGACUUUACCUGCCAGUCGGACAGUUUUCAGACCCCUCAUUGCGAUUUCAGUGAAACCAAGAUGGACUUAAAAUCUCAGCUGAUGGGAGAUCUGAAAUACCAGUUUGGCCACCAGGUGGCAGCACCUGGACUACCCAACCAAGAGGAGCUCCUUCAUCACUCUUCCCCUCCUCUCAUCUCCACUAACUUUCUGGGUCACUCCCCCACUGCGGGGCAUAUGCUCCCCAACCAUGCGGGGGAACCCCCUGUAGAGCCAAGGAAAAAAUACAGAAGGAACAAGUUCCCAGCCAAAUGCUUUCGGCCAAAACCUCACGAAAAAGCCUUUGCCUGCCCCGUUGAGAGCUGUAUUAGGAGCUUUGCCCGCUCGGAUGAACUCAACAGGCACUUGAGGAUCCACACUGGCCACAAACCCUUCCAGUGCAGGAUUUGCCUGAGGAAUUUCAGUCGCAGCGACCAUCUCACCACCCACAUUCGCACUCACACAGGGGAAAAACCCUUCUCCUGCGAUCUGUGCGGCAGAAGGUUUGCCAGGAGCGAUGAAAAGAAGCGACACGGCAAGGUCCACAUGAAGCAGAAGGCCAGGACUGAGGAGAAGCUGAAAGGUCUUGGCUUCUACACGGUGGGCUUAUCUUUUGGGACCCUGUGAAGCCACCCACCCGAGGUUGCCUCUGGUUACACCUCUUACUUGGGGGAGAGCUUCCCCUGCAUUUGGUCUACACGCUAGCCCCUUGUUCUUUGGAAGGAGCUAGCUUGAUUUGUGGCUCGGCUGUUACCUGCAUGGCUCAAUCUGAUGUCUACUUUGCCAUAGGCACACUCUGUCAGCUUCAGUGGGUGAGAACGCCUCCAUUUUGUACAGAGAUGUAGAGUUUCAGAGUUUCAGAGUUUCAGCACCAAGAAACUGGAGUUGAGGAGUUUCAGCACCACGACCUGUGGACAGCUCCUGCCUGAGCCGAAGUGUGAGAGGGAUAAAGGGAAAACUCAAUGCAAAUACUCAGCGCUAUCUAUGUACAUACAGUUACAGCGUCAUCUAUGUACAGUUACAGUGCUAUCUAUGUACAUACAGUUACAGUGUUAUCUAUGUACAUACAAUUACAGUGCCAUCUAUGUACAUACAGUGUUAUCUAUGUACAGUUACAGUGUUAUCUAUGUACAGUUACAGUGUUAUCUAUGUACAUACAGAUACAGUGUUAUCUAUGUACAUACAGUUACAGUGCCAUCUAUGUACAUACAGUGUUAUCUAUGUACAGUUACAGUGUUAUCUAUGUACAUACAGUUACAUACACAUACUGUUCCAUAUAUACACUUACUGUUAUAUAUAUACACACUUACAGCGUUACUUACAUACACUUACUGUAUACAGUUACAGUGUUACUUACAGUUACUGCUCCAUAUAAAAAGUUACUGGGCUACUUACAGAUAAAGUGUCACCUACACCUACAGUGUAAUAUACACUUACUGUUCCAUACAUACAGUUACAGUGUUACAUACACCUACAGUGUAAUAUACACUUACUGUUCCAUACAUAUAGUUACAGUGUUACAUACACCUACAGUGUAAUAUACACUUACUGUUCCAUACAUACAGUUACAGUGUUACAUACACCUACAGUGUAAUAUACACUUACUGUUCCAUACAUACAGUUACAGUGUUACAUACACCUACAGUGUAAUAUACACUUACUGUUCCAUACAUACAGUUACAGUGUUACAUACACCUACAGUGUAAUAUACACUUACUGUUCCAUACAUACAGUUACAGUGUUACCUACAGUGUAAUAUACACUUACUGUUCCAUACAUACAGUUACAGUGUUACCUACAGUGUAAUAUACAGUUACUGUUCCAUACAUACAGUUACAGUGUUACAUACAGUGUAAUAUACAGUUACUGUUCCAUACAUACAGUUACAGUGUUACAUACAGUGUAAUAUACAGUUACUGUUCCAUACAUACAGUUACAGUGUUACAUACAGUGUAAUAUACACUUACUGUUCCAUACAUACAGUUACAGUGUUACAUACAGUGUAAUAUACAGUUACUGUUCCAUACAUACAGUUACAGUGUUACAUACAGUGUAAUAUACACUUACUGUUCCAUACAUACAGUUACAGUGUUACAUACAGUGUAAUAUACACUUACUGUUCCAUACAUACAGUUACAGUGUUACAUACACAUACGGUGUCACAUACAGUUACUGUUCCAUAAAUACAUCCGAUUAAAGCAUUUCUAUUUUCAGCCUGCUCGAAAGUAAAGCAAAGAAUGAGAAAAGGACCUUGAACGUCAGUUAUUUGUACAUAUAAAUAGUCACAUUGCUAUGUGAAGCCUUUGUAACACACACGGACUCGAUGUUGUCAGGCACUUUCUAGUGAGCUCUAAUUUUAUUCUAUGCUGCUAUUUGUACAGAAAUCAGAAGAACUGAAUGAACCAUUUAUUUUCCCUUUGCUGGGAAUGGACUUGACUGACAUAUUGGUACCACGCACAGUGAAUGAUUUUCAUAUUAUUAGCCCAGGCAAGGGCUGUGGCGACAAGACUGUCUUUUUCUUUUUACAAACUGGUUUAUGGAAUUUUUGUAUGUCAGCUUUCGUUGUUGAUUUGUAUUUAUGAUUUUAUUUUGUACAAAGAAGCUGGUACAAAUAGAUCACAUAGUGUUUUAUUUUUUCAGAUAAAUAAAGUUGCUUCUGCUCUGCAAA